AUGACUGUGGUAGAUCCGGCUCGCGAAAAAGCGCUGGAAGAUUAUAGGAAAAAGUUGCUGGAACACAAAGAGGUAGAAUCUCGACUGAAGGAAGUAAGAGAAACUUUGAAAGAGCUCACGAAACAAUUCGACAAAUCGGAAAAUGAUUUAAAGGCUCUACAAAGCGUUGGCCAGAUCGUCGGCGAAGUAUUGAAGCAGCUGACGGAAGAUAAAUUCAUCGUAAAAGCGACCAACGGACCACGAUACGUUGUGGGAUGCCGUCGACAGUUGGACAAAACCAAGCUCAAAUCGGGCACACGCGUAGCGCUGGAUAUGACUACACUGACGAUUAUGCGCUACCUUCCGCGAGAGGUUGACCCGUUGGUGUACAACAUGUCGCAUGAAGAUCCGGGUGAAGUAACAUACUCCGCGAUCGGUGGCCUUUCGGAGCAAAUUCGCGAGCUGCGCGAAGUCAUUGAGCUACCACUACUUAACCCGGAAUUGUUCCUCCGUGUCGGUAUUACCCCGCCAAAGGGUUGCCUGCUGUAUGGGCCACCCGGUACGGGUAAAACACUGCUGGCCCGUGCUGUCGCUUCCCAGCUCGAUGCCAACUUCCUGAAGGUGGUGUCUUCGGCCAUCGUUGACAAAUACAUCGGCGAAUCAGCCCGUCUCAUUCGCGAGAUGUUCAACUAUGCGCGCGAUCACCAGCCUUGCAUUAUUUUCAUGGACGAAAUCGAUGCCAUCGGUGGUCGACGUUUCUCCGAAGGUACUUCAGCCGAUCGUGAAAUCCAACGUACGCUCAUGGAACUGCUCAAUCAAAUGGAUGGGUUCGAUUCGCUCGGACAGGUGAAAAUGAUCAUGGCUACGAAUCGGCCCGAUACGCUCGAUCCGGCCCUGCUGCGUCCCGGUCGUUUGGAUAGAAAGAUCGAAAUUCCACUACCGAAUGAGCAGGCACGGUUGGAGAUUUUGAAAAUUCAUGCUGCCCCGAUUGCCAAACAUGGUGACAUUGAUUACGAAGCGGUGGUAAAACUGUCGGACAAUUUUAACGGUGCCGAUUUACGCAACGUCUGUACGGAGGCGGGACUGUUUGCUAUCCGUGCGGAGCGUGAAUAUGUCAUACAGGAAGAUUUUAUGAAAGCCGUCCGUAAGGUGGCCGAUAACAAACGGUUGGAAAGCAAGUUGGACUACAAACCAGUAUAA